AUGGAACCACAAUGCCUCUUUCAGAGGCACGCUGUCUGGUUACAUUACUGUGUGUAUGACCGUGUGGCUAUUGCGGAAGCGACAGGUAGAAGUGGUGGUAUUUGGCUACUUCAGAGAAGAGGGCACUCAUUCACGGUUUCUGUUAUGCACAUCUCGACCAGGACUAUAUCUAUCAAUGUCGGACGAGGUGGUUGUACAUGGGCGCUUACAGGGAUCUACGCCUCACCCUCUUUUCGAGAAAGGCUCAGCGACUGGGACAACCUGAAGGCGGCUCGAAUGACUUGUGUAGGGUCAUGGUGCGUCAUAGGUGACUGGAACGAGGUUUCUGGCCCAUCCCAAUCCACCAGAUGCUCUUUCUCACAACAUCGAGCGGAUGUUCUUAAUGAAGUCCUACAACAUUGCGAUCUAACGGUUAUUCAAAGCAUUGGCACGCCAUUUACGUGGCGUAGAUCAUCCACGGGAGUUAAUAUCCAUUCUCAGAAAUGCCUGGACUACGCCACAGCGGACACAGAAUGGAUGGCCAAUUUUCCUUUCGGGACAGUGGAGACAUUAAAUAGAGGGAAUAGUGAUCAUAAUCCCUUCAUAUUGUAUUGCCAUCGCAAACCCAACAUCCAGGGACUUCCGCAACCGCCUUUUCGUUGGCAUGAGGCUUGGGCAGACCAUCCUGAUUAUUUAAAGGUUAUUACUGACAAGUGGCACCUGGGUAAUGGAGACUUCUUGCACAACAUGAAUUCCAUCAGGGAAGCCUCCAUUUCGUUCAAUCGGACAUGUUUUGGGAAUAUUGGGGCUCGAAAGCACAAGAUUCAAAGGAGAUUGUUGGGAAUCCAACGCAUCCAAACUAGGGUUGAUUCGGCUCGGCUCGCAAUUCUUGAGAGGCAUCUCCUUACGGAAUAUAACUUCAUCCUUCACCAGGAGGAACUCAUCUGGUUCCAGAAAUCCCGGGAAAAAUUUCUAUUACACGGGGACCGUAAUACGCGCUUCUUCCAAACAGCUGCCAAGAUCCACAAAAAUAAUUCCAUCACCCUCGCGGGCUGCGAAUACACGGAACCUCUUGCGCCUCCUAAUCCCGACACAGAGAUAUCGGUUACACAGUCAGUCUCUAACAUGGAAAUCACGCAGGCAAUCGAUUCUUGUCCUCUUUAUUCAGCCCCAGGCCCAGAUGGCUUCCCUACUAUUUUUUUCAGGAAAUACUGGCAUCACAUUAGUCCGGACACAUGUGACUUUAUCCGCACUAUCUUCGCAAAUGGGCGUUUUACGCCCAAUCUCGGAUUCUCGUAUCUUUGCCUGAUUCCAAAGAUUGCCACGCCGCUAACUAUCAAAGACUACAGGCCUAUCAGUCUUUGCAACGUCGUCUACAAGUUUGUGACUAAGGUGAUUCUAUAUCGUCUGAGACCAAUUCUAGUAGAUUACAUUGGUCCGGAGCAAUCGGCGUUUCUUCCCGGUAGAGGAACUGCGAACAAUGCUAUUGUUCUCCAUGAGAUCCUUUACAAAUUUAAGCAGCGCCAGCGGGGUUGUGAGUUUGCUAUUAAAAUUGAUUUAGACAAGGCCUACGUCCGGGUGAGGUGGAAAUUUCUUCGUGAUUCGCUUAUUCAAAUGGGAUUGGACACACCCUCGGUUUCUCUUAUCAUGGAAUGUGUGACGUCCGCUCACUUUGCUAUUCUUUGGAAUGGCCGACCUUCGGUGGACAUUUACCCUUCUCGGGGCCUUCGUCAAGGGGAUCCACUCUCCCCUUACUUGUUCGUUAUCAUAAUGGAGAGACUCACUAGAACCAUCAAUCGGGAGGUCAGCGCGAGAAAUUGGGACCCAAUUGUGUUGUCGCGGGGAGGCCCGAUUCUCAGCCAUUUGUUAUUUGCGGAUGAUGUUAUCCUUAUGGCCCAAGCUAAUCUGGCCACGACCCAAACAGUAAAUACAGUUCUCAAAGCUUUUACGGAGGAAGCAGGACUUGCAAUCAACUUGAGCAAGUCUCAAAUCAUUUUUUCAGCGGCGACUUCAGAAAGAAAGCGUAAUCGGAUUUGUCACCAGCUAUCCAUUCCCUCGACGGAGUCUUUUGAGAAUUACUUGGGUUUUCCUAUCAUUGCUGGGAGACGGAAGGUAUCUCACUUUGAAUUCAUUAUUGAACGCAUCUCUCGGCGGCUGCCCCCGUGGCGUGCUAAAUUCCUCAACAAGGCGGCCCGGACUACUCUAGCACGAUCGGUUCUCUGCACUAUUCCGGUAUACUUUAUGCAAAUAGCAUGGUUUCCAGAGAUAACCUGCCAGCAAAUUGAUAGCAUUAUUAAGAGAUUUAUUUGGAAAGACCGAGAUGGACGAGGCUUACAUCUAGUUAAUUGGCAAACUGUGGUGACGCCUCGCCGCUCGGGAGGACUUGGUAUUCGUAAAACGCGACAGAUGAACAUUGCAAUGUUGGGAAAAAAAGUUAGCGAAUAUAUCGACGACACUUCAGCGCUUUGGGUUGACGUUUUGUCGGGUAGAUUCGGCAGGGGAUAUGAGGGGAUCAAUAGGCCCAAGACACAAUCUUCUUCUGUCUGGACUGCCUUGAGGAGAUGCUUCUCCAUCCUUGCGACUGGCUUCACCUUCAGGCUUGGUAAUGGGGAGACCAACUUCUGGGACGGGAUCUAUCUCCAAGGUAAAUCCAUCAAAUUUCUUGUUGACUAUGUGCAUAUUUCGGACUCCGACAAAUCUUGCCGUCAAAUGAUUGUUAAUGGGCGGUUGGAUAUUCAAUCGUUGCACACAAUCUUCCCAGCGCAUAUUAAUAAGGCCCUUAUGGAAGUUAGGAAUUUAUAUCUUCAUCCUUCCGUGUCAGACAGAUGGUGUUGGUCGGUUGGUAGUAAAGGCGCUUCGGCACCAACGACAACUAGAUUCUACGGGACGGAGACGGAGACAUGGGUGCACGUGUUUUUUUCAUGCCCGUGGACUGUUCAGAUUUGGGCCGGGCUAAUUCAGCGGGGUUUUCCUACACGGCUGGCCCACUCUAUUCCCUCUGAUAACCAACCUCUUGAGUUCAUCGCCAAAGCGCCGGUGGGGUUGCGUUUUGCUCUUUGGUUUAUGUGGUUGGAGAGGAAUAACAGGGUGUUCGGAAAUCCGUCCGACACUCCGUGUGCUGUUGUCCUAAAAAUUCUUUCGUUCUUUCAUUGGUGGAAGGAGACAAGAAUGCGGGCGGAUAGGCAUGUGGUUGGGCUUAGUCAUGAUAGUAUUAUGAAAACUGUAACAUGGAAUUUGUUUUUUUGUACGGGCAUAAUCUUGCAUACUGACGGCUCGUCCAUGGGUAAUCCGGGUCCGUCCGGCUUCGGAGCCGUCCUGCGCAGUCCCGAGGGCGUGUGGAUUGAGGGGAUUUCAGGAAACAUAGGUAUCACCGACAACACCCUCGCCGAGAUGGUCGCGAUUCUUGAAGGGUUAAAUUUAGCAGUGGCCCGGGGAUGCACAACGCUCACUUGUUACUCCGAUUCGCAAGAGUCUCUCCGACUGAUACAAAGGGAAUCCGUACCAACUCAUGCUUUGGGCGGGCUGAUCAUGAACAUCAGAGAUAAGAUUAAUAUGAUGGAGAGUGUGCGGUUUUUUCACAUAUGGAUAGAGGGGAACUUCGUGGCAGAUAUUUUGGCUAGAAAGGGGGCCAAGGACGAAGCAUUCUUCACUACUUGGGCUUUUCCCCCGGAUGAGCUACUAACUCCGUUGGCCAAGGACGCGGCUUGGUUCUCUUACCCGCCCCCAAAUUCAAAGCCCCCUCACCGAGGUCGCCGUCGGCAUCAGCCUGUCCAGUGCCACCCGCACGGCGGCGUUCCUGUCCAACUUCACUGGCCGGGUCAUCUCAUUCCAUCUCCGCUCGUUUCCUUCCGUCUCACGGCCAGAAGGACCCUGCUCGCCUCGUCAUAG